AUGUCAAGACCACUGAAGCAGCGGCCAACUUACAUCGGGCUCAUCAGUGCAAGCGAGUUCUUUGCGACUGCUGUCGCUUCUUUACUCGGCGGAGCACUCACUUCCAAUUUAUCAUGGAGAUGGUGUUUCUAUAUCAAUAUCCUUGUUUCUGCUGCUCCGGCAGCAAUUCUAUUGUUCUUCUUGAAGCUGCCAACUCAAGUAGCCACACGCCACAUUAGCCAGAGAGAAAAGCUUCGCGAGCUUGACUCUCUAGGAUUCACUUCCUUCGCACCUGCAGUGCUUUGCUUGCUGUUGGCUCUGCAGUGGGGCGGUUCUGCUUAUGCUUGGAGUAAUGAGCGCAUCGUUGCGCUUUUCAUUCUAUCGCCCAUUCUUUUCGGGAUGUUUUGUUUUAUUCAAUCGAGAAAGCAAGAAAAGGCCAUGCUGGUCCCAUACAUUAUUAUGAAAGGCACCAUUGCAGUAGCAUCAAUAUACAGUCUCUCCCUUUCAGCCUCUCGUGCUAUCGCCGAGUACUAUACAGUUCGAGACGCUUCACCACUGCAAUCGGGGGUCAACACGUUACCUCUUGUAAUAUCGGUGCUUAUCUUCGCGGUCCUCUCUGGUCUAAUCACAUCUUACACAGGAUCCUAUAAGCUGAUUAUGGUUCCCGCCAGUCUGUGCGUGGUUACAGGAGUGGCGUUAAUGACAACUCUCGCAGUCGAGUCAAACGAAUAG